AUGAGUACGGAGCGACGUCUCUCACGGAGUUUCCACUCCUGCCUGAAAGGCUCCUCGACGGAGGAGGCAGCGGACGAGGAAGAGAGCUGUUACCAUUCACUUGGUGGACGGCACACCCUCAGUAGAUACCCACAGGUCUACGUCGAGGAUUUGUCCAAUGUUACCCUAGCCGACUUCGAGUCUUCACAAGAUGAUUUAGACGACGACGGAGAUUUCAUGAUGGUCCAGCUGGUGUUCUGGGUUGGAGAUGACUAA